UGUAUUCAAGCCGAGGAGAAUGAGCAGAACACAAUUAGCUACGUGCGUGAUGACGUACACCACAGGCACGCAGCCAGUGCUCGGCAGUGUUAGGCUAAGCUCCAAUACGGCAAGUUUUAGCUAUAAAAUGAGUACUCCUGACCGCAAUACAAAUGCGACUGAGCGAGCUUCCCCAAGUGAAGAGAAAGCAGACGAAAUAGUCGAUGAGAGAGGAAAGACUAAUUCAGUGGUAUGGAAGUGGCUUGCCAUAGCUCCGUGGCCGGAAAUAUUUUCCCCGCACAGCUAUACCUACACUUUACGGUGAAGUUAGGGAAAGGGUGUAGGAGCAACUUUAGUCAGGGUCAUAUUUUGCGACCACAGCUGACCUGUGGUCAAGCCGAACCUCGGAACCAUACUUGAGCCUGACGGUCCACUUUAUUGACCAAGAUUGGAAGCUUGUCAGUUUAUGCCUCCAGACGGUUUACUUUCCCGAGGAUCACACGGGCGAAGCAAUUGCAGCCGGACCCACGGACGCGCUCGCCUCCUGGGGACUCAGCGAGGAGCGCCAGGUCUGCAUCACCACAGAUAGCGGGACCAAUAUCAUCAAAGCCGCCGAGUUGAACACAUGGAGAAGGCUACAAUAUUCGGGCACCGACCGAACUCCGCUAUUGAGAAAGUUCACCAAGACAACAGGUGGCUGCCUUCUCCUACUCCUGGAAGAAGAAACGGGACCUUGCAGCUGCUCAGGAGGAGUAUCACUUGCCACAGCACAAGCUCAUCCGUGAAACCCCAACAAGAUGGGGCUCCCGUCAACAAAUGGUGAGGCAGGUUCUGGAGCAGAAAAGGGCCAUCACAGAGGUCCUCUCAAAAGACAAGAAGACCAGGUCGCUGGUUCCUACUUGGCAAGAUGUGGACGUUUUAGAGCUUAUAGAUGCCGCUCUAAGCCCGCUCCUUGAAUUCACUGAUGCCUUGUCCGGUGAGUCCUAUGUCAGUGUGUCAUUCCUAAAACCAGUGAUGCAUCUCUUCAACACCUCUAUCUUGAAGGAAGCAGAGGAUGACACAGACCUCACCAGGACCAUAAAAACAACAGUGACAGGAUACCUGAAUGAAAAGUAUGAUGACCCAGCCACGGAUGAUCUACUUGACAUGGCAUGCCUCGUUGGUCCAAGUUUCAAGCUUCAGUACACUCAGGAGGAGAACAGAGAAUACAUCAAAGAGAAAGCUGUGUUGGAGAUGCUGAAGGGAGAGAGAGCUGUUGUGGUAAGGGAAGAGGAGUCCAGAGAAGAAGCCAUGGGAGAUGCUUCUGCAGCAGUGACACCAGCCAAGAAAACAAAGCGGUCUCUGACUAGCUUUUUUUCCCCAAACAGGUCCACCAGUACCAACACAGAAGGCUUGAGUGUACAGCAGGCAGUUGAGAGGGAGCUCAGCAACUAGCUCCUGUCUCCAGAUGCUGACAAUGACUCAAAUGUUCUGGAUUGGUGGAAAGUCUCUCAUAAGAACUUCCCCAGAGUAAGCCAACUGGCAAAACAUUAUGUGUGUAUUCAAGCCACAAGCUCCCCCUCUGAGAGGGUUUUUAGUACAGGUGGCAAUAUUGUCAUAUGUAAAAGGGCAUCUAUGAAGCCAGAUGAUGUAGACCAGCUUGUAUUUCUUGCCAGAAACCUCAUAGGGUGUCAUCAACCCCCAACAAUGUCCCUGCCCCAGCAACAUGUGUAGUUGUUAUUGCUCACACUUUUUCUGUUUUCUUCAGCAACUCUGAGCAUUUUUAAUAUAUUUUUUUAUCCUGGCUGAAGCACUUUAAUUUCAGUCUAUAAGAAUAAAAUAAUCAGCCUAUGUUGUAGUUUAAAGUGAAAGAUAUUAAUAUUGACAAAGGUGAGAGUUUUAUGUUUAUUUGACGGUGAUUUCACAUUUCUUGUU